AUGAAGCCACUAACCCUCCUCUCCUCCCUCAUCCUCGCCACCUGCGCGCUCACCCACCCAAGCGAGCACCACCACCCCCGCUACAUGCCCACAAUCCACUAUAUCCCCCCCAACAUCUCCCGCCCUACCGACUCUCGAAACACGACACGCUGCCACCCGCCCACCGCGCAGGGCCACAUGAUCUUCGCCUCGCCGCGCCGGCCAGACAUCGAGCUGCUCGUGCGGACGCAGUGGCAUAUCGUCUACCCCGGCCGGAUGCGCUCAGCGCUCAUGGAGGUCGGGUUCGUGAUCGUGGAUGGGAGGACGGAGAGGAGGUGUGGGUGGUGGGAGGGGGACGGGUUGUGGGCUGCGGGUGUUAAGAGAGGCGUGGUGGCUUGGAGGACUAGGAACGGAACGGAUGAGGAUGGGGACAGGGGGCGGGAGAAAGGAGGAGAGGAAGAGGCAGAGCCGCCGGAGGAGGAUAUGCUGGAGCUUGUUGGGCAGGUGCUAAGGAGCACGUAUCCGGCGCUGGAGAUUGCGCUGGUGGUUGUGGGCGCGGCGGGGGCGCCGUUUUGGUUGCUGCUCGCGGGGUGGGUGGUUUGGUGGCUUGCGAUGGAGGUGUGGUGUUGCUUGAGGGGUGUGGUGAGAAUUGGGAGGAGAGUUUCUGGGUGUGGGACUGAGAGGAGGGUGGAUAAGAGGGGGUGGAGGUGGUGA